UUAGUCUAAGUUUUUGGGUAGGUAGAAAAUUCAUCAACAUUUAUGGGGAUGGUCCUGAAAAAUUGCAAGAGCUUGGUGAUGAUAAGCUUUCUUUUACAUUUCAAAAAAAAGAUAGGUUAUAUUUCAAAUUUGAUGAAGAAUCAUUUGGACUCGAUAACAUUAUUAGAAAUAAGGGGUGUGAUACAUGGGUACUAAGAGAGUUUAAAUUUCGAUUGAAAUAUAAAAAAGAUGUUCUCAGUGAACAUGCUGGUUAA